CCAUUUCCGUGCAAAGCCCGGUUUCAGGAUAGCCGUUCUCCAAACCCGUCAUUUCACCUCGUAUGAUCCAGAAAUCAACGGCAGCACCUCAUUCCGCCCAUCUAACAGACUCACCGGCCGAACAUGCAUGAUUACAGGUGGGAGCUCUGGAAUUGGCUUCGCAAUCGCGGAGCGCUUUCUCAGAGAGGGCGUUGACCGUAUUAUCCUCGUCGGACGGUCUUAUGAGCGUCUUGCGCGUGCAGCGGCGCAGCUGGAGUGUCCCACAGCCUCCUCCCAACGUCGACCAAGCGAGACAGAAAAGGAACAAGAUAGUGAAGUCGCAACUAGAACACCAGAAGAAGAUCAAGCACAGGACCGAAGCGAAAUCUCACCUGGUACGCUGGUCGAAUUAUCGGGUAGGAUCAGUCUGCUCGUAGGUGAUGUCUCGGAGGCGGCGAGGUGGACAAGAGACCUGGAGAGUGCAAUGCAACCAGUCGACAUUCUCGUAAAUGCAGCAGGCAUUUCAACAUCCACGGUCCUUCCUCGAACAGACCCUAAUAUUAUCUCCCAAGUGCUCCGCACAAACCUCGAGGGCUCGCUCCUUACGUCUCGCGCACUGCUCCGCGCCUCAAUCCGUAGUCGGAUGAAGAACCGUACUGGUGACGCUCAUAAUCCCACGAAGUGCAUCAUCAACAUCUCUUCACUCCUUGCGCUGAAGGCCGGCACAGGUGCUGUUCCCUAUGCUGCGUCGAAGGCGGGCGUGCUGGGCCUGACGAGGUCAUUGGCCGUUGAGGCGGCUAAGACGCUCCGGAAUCAGGUUAUUCGCUCGAAUGCGAUUGUACCGGGGUAUAUCGAGACCCCUAUGAUUGCUGAUUUCAGUCAAGCUGAAAACAACAGAUUGAAGGAAGAUAUCCCGCUCGGGCGCUUCGGCCAACCUCAUGAAAUCGCCGACGCUGCGGUCUUUUUGGCUGAGAACGAGUACGCGAAUAAUUGCAUUAUAAACCUAGACGGUGGUCUUAGUGCGCUUUGAUAUAAGUUAAGAGCGAGCUGAUGGAAAGAUUCGCAUGUACUAUAGACUAUCUAGUAUGGUCCAACCAUUUACGG